AUGAAAGUUAUUCUUUCCGUGGUCGUUCUCUGCGUUAUAGGUCAACUUGGCGAUUCUUUCCUAACAUCAGGAUUAGGCGGUGGCCUUGUUGGAACUCCUAGUUCAAGCUGUUGUUGUUGCUGUUGUUUGCCUAGCGUUCAAGCCGCACCGGCACCGGUACCAACUACAACACCACAGCCGGUGUUUAUGCCGAUUCCUGUUCCGGUUCCUUGUUGUCCUUGCCCAGCACCACAACAACAACAACCACAAGUUGUACAACAACCGCAAGCAACGCAGCAACCACAAGUGGUGAUACAAGUUCAACAACCUACAGCACAACAGCCACAAGUGAUGUUACCAGCACCACCACUUGUACAACAACCACAAAUUAUGGUAGCAGCACCGCAGCAAGUAGCACCACAAAUCAUGCUUCCACAAAUUGUACAACCGCAAAUACUACCACAGCUACCGUUUCAACAACAGCAAUGUAACUGCAAUCUGAUCGGGACCAUCCAGAUUCCAGAUGCUUCUGUGGCGGGUGCUCCGAUUGCUGCACCAAGCAUCAUGGCCGGCGCACAAUGUCGCAAAAAAUACCUAUUGAUUUUUCAUAAGAACAUGAAGUCUAUACUUUGCAUGGUCGCAAUUUGUGUUUUGGCUCAAAUGGGACAUUCCUUUAUAGCAUCAGGGAUCACCAACAACGUCAUUGGUACCGGCGCCGUCCCGAACCCCAGCGCAACAUGUUGUUGUUGUUGCUGCCUGCCAGGCCAGCAGGCUCCGGUGACACCAGCGCCAGUGUUCGUGCAAGCUACAACUCAAAAACCAACGAUAAUCAUUGCCCUUCCUCCUCCUGCUCCCGCCGCCCCUGCACCUUUUCCAAUCCCUGCUCCUGCUCCUGCAGGGUUGCCUUGUUGUCCAUGUCCAGCACCAGCGCUACCGGCGCUGCCAGCGCUACCAGCGCUACCAGCGCUACCAGCGCUACCAGCGCUACCAUUCCCUAUUGCUAGCCCGGUGCAAGUAGGUCUCGGUGCCCUCGUUACACUUCCUCCCGUUGGUGUUCCAGACAUAGUAACAGGACCAUGUGGCCCAUGCGGAGGUUCUGGUUGUGGUCAGAUUAUGAUGCCCAUGCUUCAGAAUGGUUGCAACGGUGGUGGCUGUGGUGGAACUGGGCAACAAGUCGCCUACGGUAUUCCCGAUCCUAUAAUUACUGAAUCAGGCCGCAUUAUUCGAGCUCCAUUCCUUCCUCCACCGGCUCUACCGCCUCAGCCCGUCGGGCAAAAUCCGAUGGUGAACCAACUCACUGGACAGAGCCUGAAUGUAAACCAAGGGAAAUAG